GGGCAGAACAGAGACCCGCGGCUCGGACUACGUGUCCGCAAAGGGCAAAAAGGAGACCCAGUAAAGAGUCCGGAGUCCGUGGGGAUCCAGCGGAGAAAGGUCACGGGACUUCUUGAAAAGGGGCCCGGACUCGAACCUGGGACCUUAGACCUCCACAGACACUGCGUGAUACGUGUGGCCAUGCAGUCUCAGGUCAAACACUCAUAAGAGAAGCACAGCCACGGCUGGAGAGAUGGCUCAGGGGUUAAGAGUACUGGCUCCUCUUCCAGAAGUCCUGAGUUCAAUUCUCCACCACAUGGUGGCUCAGGACCAUCUGCAAUGGGAUCUGAUUCCCUCUUCUGGCAUGUAGACAGAGCCUCAUAUACGGAAGAGAUAAGUAAAUCUUUUUUAAAAAUAAAGAUAAGGGGUUGGGGAUUUGGCUCAGUAGUAGAGCACUUGCCUAGCAAGCGCAAGGCCCUGGGUUCGGUCCCCAGCUUCGAAAAAAAGAAAAAAAAAUAAACACAUUGGUGAUCUUUGAAAUCAGGAGGGAGAUGACUCCCUCACUUGUCUCUGACCUCCACAUGUGCACCAUGGCAUGGAUACUAAAUACAUAAACUAAAUAAGUAAAAUUUGAAAGAAAAAAAUAAGUUUACAUUUGCUGUUCAGGGAGUGCUGAUGGGUUUUUUUCCAAACCACACUUUCGCUUUCUGUUUUCCUUGCUGCACUUUUCGUCUGUGUUGGAGACCUCCCUUGCGGUUGCUUUUGUCUACAAAGAAUCCAUAGUGAGAACUUGGCCUGCUGCAGGUUUUGUAAUCCCAGCUACUCCCUCCAAAAGCCUCAGCAGGAGAAUUGCCAAACUGAUUUUCAGGUCCCCUUGGACAGUUUAGCAAGAUUCUGUCUCAAAGUAAACAGUGUUGAAUCUGAUCCCCAGUACUGCAUGAAUAACUUGUGUGUUUAUAAAUUCUUGUACUAGGUGUGGGGGCUGGAGGAUGAGAAGUUCUAGGUUAUCCCAAACCACAGAGUGGAAACUUAAAAAAAAAAAAAAAAGAAAGAAAGAAAAAGGAAGAAAUGUAUAUAAUCACCGCUGAGUGACUCCAUGCCUAUAAUCGUAGGACUUAAACAGCUAAGACAGGAGGGUUGACGUGAGUCCCUGGCCAGCCUUGACUCCAUGAGAAGCUAUCUGCUAUACAUAAAGGUUGAGAGAGGCUAUGGUGCCAGGGGUCAUUAUGCAUUAGUCUCUAGUGUGUAAGGCAUCAUGGGUCACCAGGUGGCCAGGCCGCAAAUGUCGGUAGUCUGUCUACAUUUGGGGAUGUCCAUAUUGGGAAUGUGUGGCCCUUUCGUCACUAGAGCCCUGUCAAAGAGUCUCGUGAUUAAUAAUAACCUGGUCCCUGUCAGAUGAAUACUUAGGGACAGAUUUCUGGAUCAGAGGGUUUGUAUGUCUGUCAUUUGGAGGAUGGUGACCAUGCAGUUCAGUGUCUAACACUUGUCAGGCUAUGAGACAUUCUGAGCCUCCGGUUUGGACCCUCUGGAGCUCCCCGCUGCCUUGGUCUUUGUGAUCCUCUGUGUGUCUCUCCAGCUCAUCCAUCCCUUGAAAAUGUCUUUGGUACGUGGGUGUCCCUUGUGCUCAGAACCAAAAGAGAGCCCUGGGAAAGAGAAGGAAUCCUCUAGGCACCAGGUAAAUUGCUCAAUGGGCAAAGUAUUUGCCACUCAAGUCUGAGGAGUCAAGUCUGGGUCCUCAGCGCCCACGUAAAGCUAGACACGUACCAUGUAACUGUAAUCCCAGUGGUCAUAGUGGGACAUGAGAAGUAGAAAUGGGGACUCCAGAGAAGUUUCCUGGCCAGCUAGCUUGGCUUGUAAAGCAUCAGAAAACAGGAAACUUUAUCUCAGUGUGGAAGGUUACUGCCAACACCUGAGUCCAGGCUCAGAUCUCCACAUGUGCUUGCAUGUAUAUGCACCCACUCACCCAUACACACACCCAUACACACACACACACACACACACACACACACACACACACACACACACACACACACACCACCGGGGUCGGGGGAGGAACACAGACACUCACUGGCCCUCCAGGAAAUGCAGAGCAGGGGCCUUGAGGUGGGACGUGACUGGGCAGGGCUUGUAUCUCAGUUUUCAGAUCUGGGAGAAGACACUGGGUCAAAGGGGAGUGGCUGUCAGUUUUGAACCUUAUCCCCACAGUCUCUUUUUUGCUAGCUGUUUACUUUAUCGCAAAACUUGUAUUUCUUCUUCACUGGAAAAUCUGUUACACAUUAUGCAAUCUUAAAUUUCUUGUUGGUUAGCUUUUUUGAGGCAAGGUCACUAUGCAGUCCUGCCCGGCCUCCAACUCUUGGCACACCACCCAGAUAAGCCUCCAAAGUGCUGGGAUUGUAAGCAUACUCACCGUGCCCAACACAUUUCUCCUAAUUUUAGCGCUAGCUCGGUCGCUUGCUUUCUUUCUUUUGAGACAGUGUUUGUGUAAAAGUAUCCCUGGCUGUCCUGGAACUGGCUUUAUAGAUCAGGCUGGCCUCAAACUCACAGAGAUUCUCCUGCCUCUGCCUCCAAAUUACUGGGAUUAAGGCGUACCAGAACUCCCUGCUUCAGGUUUUUGAAAGAGGGAAGCUGGGUCCAGCACCCGCAUGGUGGCUAAUAGCUCUCUGUAAAUCCAGCUCCAGGUAAUUUGACACCCUCUUCUGGCCUCUCUCAUCAUGGCAUUCUUGUGUCUCGAAGACACACAUGCAGGUGUAACACCAGUACACAUAAAGUAACAAAAUAAAUCUUAAAAAUCAAAAUCAGGGGUUGGGGAUUUAGCUCAGUGGUAGGGCGCUUGCCUAGCAAGCACAAGGCCCUGGGUUCGGUCCCCACCUCUGAAAAAAAAGAAAAAAAAAAUCAAAAUCAAAGAAUGUGCGGGGUGUGAUGGUACACACGGUCGGUGUUUUGGGUUAAGCAGGACCAUGAAGAAGGAGGAAAUGUGGGAUGAAUUCAGGCUUCAGCCUCAGGGGGACCAGCCUCUCAAGGACCAAACCCUGAGCCACUUGGCAGAACCUCUUCAAUGUUACACAAAGGACACCUUUAGCGAGUCAGUUUCUGCAUGCCAAAACCUCUUACUGAUCUAGGUACUGUCUGAAGGAACCAUUACCUAAACUAUUCCCAGCCAUAAGAGACUUCCUGGUUUGCCAGGGAGGUCACUGGACUAAGUUGUGCAAAGGCUCUGAGAAUCCUUCAGAAGAGUAACCCCUAACUUUCCAGAUAACAACCUCUGACUGUUUACAAAAGGCUACUUCAAAGCCCAGGAGCCGUCACCCUGGAAAUACAGAGAUGCGGUGGCCCUGCUAACACCCACGGCACACCUUUAAUCUGAGCACUCUGGGGGGCAGAGGCAGGUGGAUCUUUGAGUUUGAGGCCAGACUAGUCUACAGAGGGAGGUCCAGGACCAGCGGCUAAACACAGCAAAGCAAACAAACAACAAAAAAUUCUGUCUCAAAAACAAACAAACAAAAAAACAAACAAACAAAAAAACACAACUAGGGCUGGAGACAUGGCUCAGUGGUUAAGAACACUGACUGCUCUUCCAGAGGUCCUGAGUCCAAUUCCCAGCAACCACAUGGUGGCUCAUGACCAUCUGUAAUGGGAUCUGAUGCCCUCUUCUGGUGUGUCUGAAGACAGUGUACUUACAUAUAAUUAAUAUAAAUAAAUGAAUGCAUACAAAACUAGUUAAUCAUAAUAUAACUAGCAUCAUAGGAUGACUGAAGUGUAGCCCUGAGCCUUUCUCAGGAUGAGCUUCUAAGCACAAAACCCAGGUUGGCAAGAACAGUUAGUCAGAAGCAGAACUACAUAAACUAAAAGUAAAGGUUAUUAUGUUUAGAGACUUUCCCAGAGCUAUGGUCUUCAAUGGAGCAGGCCUUUGUUGUGGUUUUGGCUGGUGGGGUUUUCUGUGUGCUGAGUUUCACAGCCUGAAUAGUACUUACAUCAUGGAGUCAGUUGUGCUGAGGUGUGGGGCCCUGUUACAUUUCCCACUGGUCUUAGUGAGUGAGUCAAAUCAUGGACUCAACUUGUUUUAGUUUAAGAUGCAAGGCCUCACUGCUGAUGCAGUCAGAAUGAGAACUAAAGGUCCGGCCUUUAGUUGACAGCAGGGUGGUUAACCAGGGAACCAAGAGAACAGAGACCAACCAUGGCCAAAAAAAAAAAAAAAAAAAAAAAAAAUUCUUUUAAUUACUCCCAAUCAAUUAGCCUGGAAACAACAGGUUUCUUCUAAAGCCUUAUAUAGAAGUUUGUUGUUGUUUUAUUUUGUGUUUAUCAUGAGAAGUCUAAGCCUUUCCAAUUUUGUUGUACCAUUUUUAUAAGGGAAUUUAACUUGUUUUAAUUCAGAAACUGAAACUUUUAAUAUCUCCAAGUCUUGAUCAGCCUAUGUACUUAGUUUGAAAAACAUUGUAAGGGGUUGGGGAUUUAGCUCAGUGGUAGAGCGCUUGCCUAGCAAGCGCAUGGUCCUGGGUUCGGUCCCCAGCUCCAAAAAAAAGAAAAGAAAAAAAAAAAAAGAAAAACAUUGUAAGAGGCAUAUUUGGUCAAACCAUUAGUACAUGCCCACCCAGCAGUCUCAGAGGCCCAGUAAUACUGUUGCUAUCCAUAUGAAUUAGUCCAUAAGGCACAAUAGCAGACAUCAGAUGUGCGUAGGUUAAAGGUUCAGUAUAUUAGACAAGUUUUAACCUUUAUAAGUCCUCUGACAUUAAUUUAGGCAUGCUUAGAAAUGUAAACUCUGCAUUCCUAUCUUAAAAAAUAACCCUCCACAUCUUUCUCCAGUACAACAAGACAUUUAAAGUGGACAUCAGUGCACAAAGGCCAAGAUGAAUACGAGUUGCUGGUCUGUGUUCACAUUAGCUAAUACUUGCCUAUAUCUCCCUUUCUUAGUUUCUAGGUCCAGGCCUGAGGACCAUAACCCCCAUUCAUACUAAACACAAGUUUCAGAAGGAGGUAGAGGGAGGGGAUGGAAGGAACUAGGGCCCUACAAAACCUUAACCUCAGUCUGGAGACAGUCCAUUUAGGGACAGCAUCCGCAGCUUCUAUGUCUCGACCUGGGUGUGGUGGAUCGGUGCCUUAAUGCCAGCUACCUUCAUUGCCUCCCCAUGGAGUGGAGAGAUCACCUCCAUGAUACUUUGCAGGUUCGUUUCAGUGCCCCUUUGGCUAUUCACUUGACCCAGAUGGUCCAUCCACCACUGGACUCCCCAACCCGGGGAAACUGGUGGUGGACAGAGAUCAGCUGGGUCUCAGAUAGUUCAGUUAACAGCCUGUAUGGAGGACAUAGUGACUUAAGAAAGCAAUGGUUCGAGAGUUCUGCCAACUGCUGGUCUCUGAGCCUGGGAAGCAGUGGGGGAGGUCUUCCAAACAUGACGUCUCCCAAUAUGGGGUACAGUGGGCCCAAAGCAAAGCGAAGCAAAGGAAGGAGAUCUGUCCAUCCUCCUCUGAUCUCUAGUGAGAGUUUUGUUAAGUUUUUAUUCUUUUUUUUUCUUAUCUGUCAUCUGUCCAUCCAUCCAUCCACCUACCUAUCUGCCCAGAACUCUGAGGUCUAAAUGCACAAUGAAGGUUUCAAUCUAUGUCUAAAGCUUUGGAUUUGGUGAGAGAUUUGGGCUAUGAAACCCAGGUCAUUGUCAGACCCUAUUGCAAAGGGGAGGCCAAAUCUGGAAGGGCAUUUUAGCUCCUACUUGAGCAGGUUUCAGUCAGGUGGGGAAGGCUUCUAUCUAGGCAGGAAAGAUAUCCUCCCCCAGCAGGAUGGAUCUUGGCAAAGUCAGUUCUCCCAGAGUCUGCCAAGGUGUUGGUCUCUCAUUUGGACCCCUUCCUUGGUAAGAGCUCUCUGUUUUGGAUUCAUUUGAGCACAAACCUGGCGUCUGUCUGAGACAUCCACCCUAGGCUAUCCAGUCUAGUUAUAUACCCUGGUCUGAGCAGCUCAGAAGUGUUUGUGGAUCCCAGGUGAGUAGCCUGGUGAAGAUUAGUUCCUAACAGUCCUUCUGGUUGUUUCUGAAUGAGCUUUUUCUCUGGUGUCCUCUAUCAGCCUGUGGGUUUGAGCUGUCCAUUUCUUCUUUACUGUGGAGUAUAAGGCAGUACCAGGUCAUUGCAUCAGAAUAUCAACAGACCCCAUUGGUCUGAGGCCUUUGUCAGACACCCAGGUGAGCAGCCUAGCAGUGGAAGGCAGCAAUUUAUAGGAGAAGCCAAACAGGCUAGAGGAAGGCCAGGUGUUUUUGUUCUGUUUUUUAGUAUCCUCCCCUCCUACCUCCCAGUGGUGAGAAGCCCUCUUGUGCUAUUGAUCACGCUGUGGCAUGCCCAGUAUAGUAGAAAAGCACACUAACUGACGAUCCACGUAUAUGGUGGUGGGUUUUUCUUGUUUUCCUAUCUGAGAGCCUGGGUUAGUUCAAUCAGCUCUGCUCUCUGCCUGGCAUGGGCCCACAUCACUUCAGUUAAAGUAACUCCUGCAGCUCUCACGAACCUGGUUUUUAUCUUUCAUCUCCUGAUGGUCAUGGACGAGCACCUGCAUACAGGGUAGCCAAAUCGAUGACUCUGGGUUCCUCAAACCGGACUUGAGGAUGGGCCAGGAGUGGGGCCUGGUACUGGGUCACAGUCAUUAGACAACUAGCAUUCUGGUGCUCCCAGGAGGAGACCCACAAACUGCCCUGGGUGCUGUGAAUAUAACAUUUUAAUCCAGAGUUAACCUGUUUGCUUUCUUUUAUUAAGCAAGUAAUGGCUGCCACAGCUCUGCUUAUUUAAACUUGUAUGUCACGGGGCAUUUUCAUGGCCCCAAAGUUUGAGUUAAAAUCGCUUUUGUCUUUUAUUUCAUCUCAGUCAGGAUUAGGGACUUAGUCCCCACCCCUCUGUGUGCUGGUGUAUAAAGGGCUUGCUAUUUCCACAAACUCUGGUAGCCAGAGUUACCAAUACCCAGCUGCAUCUAGAAACUCUUGAACCUGUCUCUCAGUCUUUGGAGUUAGGAUCCAAAGGAUGGUUGCAAUCCUACUGUGAGACCAGCUCCUUUUGCCUCCCCUCAGCUGGUAGCCAAGAUAAACAACCUCUGAAGUAUAAAGUUGGACAUUCUGUAGCCCAAGAUAUGUGACUCUGGUGCAGUCCCUCGGUGGCCCUUUCAUAUUCUAUUUUUCUGGGAAACCCGUGGAUGUAGUAUCUUUAAGUUCUGGGGCAACCUGGUCCAGGAAUAUUGCCUGUUGUAACCUCCCACUGGGCCUGUCUAUUGGAAAGAAAAAUGGGUUGAGUCACCUCUGCCAGUGGGAGACUGAAGAAACACAGGUUUCUGGUCAAAGAGUAUACAGCUGUUUCUUUGGAGGAGUCAGACUCAAAGAGAAUCAAAGGUCCCAGGUUUCAUCACAGGCAGGAGAGAAGUGUGCCAGGGUGACACAUCAGAGAGAGGCUGUGACAGGACCCCAGGGUGCGAUAUGAACUGCACCUUCCCCUUUUGUUUCUAAGGUCAUUGGGUAUUGUUUUAUCAUGAAGGACGGAGCUGGACCAGUUGAACAAUUAAUUAUAAGAGCUUGGGGUUGGACCAGUCUUGUCCAUACCCCUGGGAGUCUUUGUUGCCAGCCUGAGAGAUUUUCCAACUGUACCUUUUGUUUGGAGGCAGAACUUUCAGCAAGGAGCCAUCCUUCUGACAGAUGACAAUGGCAGCAGCCAGGGCUAGCCUUGGCCGGAUCUUUCCAGAGUCCUCCAUCCUGUUCCUAUGUGACAUGCAGGAGAAACUUCGAGACAGAGUCCUCUACUUCCCUCAGAUCGUAUCAAUGGCCGCUCGGAUGCUUAAGGUGGCCCGGAUAUUAGAUGUCCCCGUCUUGCUGACAGAGCAUUACCCACAAGGCCUGGGCCCCACAGUUCCUGAGCUGGGCGCUCAGGGCGUGAGAACCAUGAGUAAAACGUCCUUCAGCAUGGUGCCCCCACUUCAACAGGAACUGGACAAACUGCCCCAGCUGAAGUCUGUGCUACUUUGUGGCAUUGAGACCCAAGUUUGCAUCUUGAACACAGCUCUAGACCUCCUGGACCGAGGGCUACAGGUCCAUGUAGCAGUGGAUGCCUGCUCUUCUCAAAGUGAGAUGAACCGGCUGGUGGCACUGGCCCGAAUGCAGCACAGUGGUGUCUUCCUGUCCACUAGCGAAGCGCUGACUCUCCAACUUAUAAAGGAUGCUGCCCACCCACAGUUCAAGGAGAUUCAGAAGAUCCUCAAGGAGCCAGUCCCAGAAAUCGGACUGUUAGGUUUCUUCCAAGGCAUGAACAACCCCCUGUUGCCCAACUCCAGGCCCUGACUUGAAGGAAGCACCCACCCUCCUUGUCACCCAGACGUUGAUGGAUGACUUUUCCUUCAUCCCUGGAUCCCAAGAGUGGUGCAGUCCUCCAGGAGAACCGCCCCCGUGGGAGAGGAGGCGUGGUUAUGUCUUCCGAUUGGGCAGCUGGCCCCGGAAAUGCAAAUGAAACUCCUUGAAGCUGGGUGGGAAUUGGUUUAGAGAAAGGUGGAGGUGGGGCUGGGCCCCGGGCCACUUCACGAAGCGGGAAAAGGAGGGGGAACGAAUGUCACAACUGGGACCCAGUCUCGAAGAAUAAACAUUGAUGUGACUGA